GGCUGUAAAUAUCCUUUUCUAUUUUUUUUACCUAAACGUCAAAUUGACAGUGACAUAUUAUGUUAUUAUUUUCGCGCCAUUUCAUAAGUCUGCGGAGAAUAUUUUGUAAUUUAUAAAUCCCUUUUUUAUGUGCGUUUUUACGUGUUAAUUUAUGAAAUUAUGGCCGACUCUAUUGCCGGACAAAGGGCUAAGCGACAAAAAGUUGAUAAACACGGUCGUUUAUCAGCUCUGGAAAAGCUGAAGCAGCUAAAAGGAAAAGGCUCCAAGCAUAAGUAUGAUGUUGAUGAACUGGAAAAUGUGUAUGAGACUGUUGAUGAAAAAGAAUACACAGAACGAGUGUUACAACGACAGGAAGACGACUGGAUAGAAGACGAUGAUGGUACAGGCUAUGUAGAAGAUGGGAGAGAGAUAUUUGAUGAUGAUGAGAUUGAGGAUACAUAUGUGGCUGUCAACAAUAAAGACUCCAAUCGAGGCCAAAAAAGAAAGGCUAGGGUGGCAGCUGAACCCUCGGUGAAAGGCAACAUAAGGAACCUGCUCGGUGCAAUGCCAUCAAAGAAAAAAGAGGAUGUAAAACUGUCUGAUGACAAUAUUUUAUCAGAUAUCAUGUCAGAUUUGGAUGGUUCUACUGCUGCAAUAAAGCCAAAAGCUCUGUUACCCCGCAAGAGUAACAUUGUCACAUCAACAAAGAAGGAGGCUCAAAACUACUUCAAGAGCUUGUCGACUGCUGUGAAAAAACCCACUGCAGUUACCACAUCUAACCCCCCAUCUGCUGCUGUGAAAAGUGAGGAUGUCAACAAUGAAGCAACCAAAGAAAUUAUUGAGAAUAAAAAUGAAAAUAUUGUAAAAGAUGAUUGUGCAAAACCAACCAGUAACCUUAAAACUGCUAAGUUUAAUGAAUGGAAGAUAGACAAGGAAAUAAAACAAGAAAUUGAUGAUUCAGCAACGCAGAACAUUGAGGAGUUCCAAUCUCAGGAUAUAGAUUUUGGUGACGAUUUCAGCAAUGAUUUAGCUCCUGUCAUUGCUGCAGAAAAAAAACUUAUCCCUACAGAUAAAGCCACUGAAGUUAAAAAGGAAGCCAUGCCUAAUUCAAGUAGCACUAUCACAGAUAUGGCAGAGGAAUUUCUAAAUGAAGAUUUUGAUAUUUUCCCAGCAGAGAAAAAAGAGUCGCCCAAGCAAUUGAAGCCUCUUUCAAGCACAUGGUCGGAUCAAAUGAAUGAUAAUCAAAUACCAACUUCUGUCCAAUCAGACGGUCAAUUGCCUCUGCAGACCAAUGAGAAUGGGGAAAAGGUUCUCAGAUUCUACUGGCUGGAUGCAUGGGAAGACAGAUUCGUGAAACCAGGAGUAGUAUAUUUGUUUGGCAAAGUUUAUGCCAAUCCAGCCAAUAAGAAGGAAGGCGGUCUUUCAUGCUGUGUGGUUGUGAAGAAUGUCAAUAGGCAAUUAUUCUUAUUGCCAAGAGAAUAUAAAUUAGACCCAGUUACUUUAGAAGCCACUGACCAAGAAGUAACUAUGAUGGACCUCUAUGAAGAGUUUAACAGCUCGAUAGCCAGCGAUUUGGGUUUGAAAGAAUUCAAAUCACGAAAAGUUACAAAGAACUACUCAUUCAACUUGCCUGAUAUACCGGCACAAUCGGAUUACUUAGAAGUCCGUUAUUCUGCUACUUUCCCCUCUCCACCUGUUGGUAAACAGUAUUUAACGUUUUCUCAUAUAUUCGGCGCAAAUACAUCUUCUCUAGAAACUUUCUUGCUGGAACGAAAGAUAAAAGGUCCAUGUUGGCUAGAAAUCAAACAACCAGAAAAUGUGCUAGCUAAAGUGUCUUGGUGCAAACUAGAGGCUGCCUGUGAUAAAAUCGAAAAUAUAUCCGUCAUCAGGAAUAAUUCUGAACAAUUGGAACCGCCUCCUAUAGUGGUUGCUACAAUCAAUAUGAGAACCACAAGUGAUGCUAAAACAAGGAAAACGAAGAUAUUAAUGAUAAGCUGCUUAGUACAUAAUAGUUAUCCGAUACAUAAACCACCGCCAAAUCCACCCUUCCAACAACACUUCUGUAUAAUGACAAAAUGCAAUGAAAUUUGGCCAUUAGACCUCAAACAAGCUCUAUCUCAAUACAAGUCAACAAAACUUACGAAAUGCGACUCUGAAAGAGAAAUGCUGAACUAUUUUAUGGUCCAGUUCUGGAAACUGGAUCCAGAUUUAGUUGUAGGUCACGAUUUGCAAGGAUUCCAACAAGAUUUGCUAAUCGGAAACAUUUUAGACUUGCACAUAUCUAACUGGUCACGUCUAGGGCGUCUCAAAAGAUCUGUCGCCCCUCAAAGAAAGUAUGCGGCCAAAGACGCAUUUUUAGGACGCCUCGUUUGCGAUAUUAAACUAUCAGCCAUGGAAUUAAUAAGAGCCAGAAGUUUCGACCUCGACACCUUGUGUACAGACGUCUUAAAAAUGAAGGAAGGCGAAAGAGUAGAUGUAGCUUUAGAAGACUUGCCGAGGUAUUACGAAAAUAGUGGGGACUUACUACAGUUGGUUUCACUGAGUAUGCAGGAUUGUUCUUAUAUUUUGAAAAUAAUGUGUGAAUUGAAUGUUAUUCCGUUGGCCCUACAAAUAACACAGAUCGCGGGUAACGUUAUGUCUCGCACUCUGAUGGGUGGUCGCUCGGAGAGAAACGAAUUUUUGUUACUACACGCCUUUACAGAGAAAAAUUACAUUGUGCCCGAUAAAAUGUACGGGCGUAAUAAGACUGUUGAGGCUGAAGAAGAUCAUGAUGACAAAGAUGAAGCGACCACUAGCAAUGUCUCAAAGAAACAAGGGAAGAAAAAAGCUGCUUACUCUGGUGGAUUGGUCUUGGAUCCCAAAAAGGGGUUUUAUGAUAAACUUAUCCUACUCAUGGACUUCAACUCACUAUACCCAAGUAUCAUUCAGGAAUAUAACAUUUGCUUCACCACUAUCAAGAGAAAAAGCACAACGACUUCUGAUGAUGAUAUCGCAAAUUUAGUUCUACCGGGCCCUAAAGCAGAGUUCGGUGUACUUCCUACGCAAAUCAGAAAACUAGUAGAGAGUAGGCGAGAAGUAAAAAAACUUAUGAAAUCACCUGAUCUACCGCCGGACCAAUAUAUGCAGUACAAUAUAAGGCAAAUGGCUCUUAAAUUAACUGCCAAUUCGAUGUACGGCUGUCUCGGUUUUACACAUUCGAGAUUUUAUGCUAAACCACUGGCAGCAUUAGUCACUAUGAAAGGAAGAGAGAUAUUGAUGGACACCAAAGAAAUAGUCCAAAAACUGAACUAUGAUGUUGUAUAUGGAGAUACGGACAGUUUGAUGAUCAACACCAAUAUCUUAGAUUACGAUUACGUAUUUAAAAUCGGCAAUGACUUGAAAAGAGAAAUCAACAAAAAGUAUAAACAAAUAGAACUUGAUAUCGAUGGAGUAUUUAGAUACUUACUGCUUUUGAAAAAGAAGAAGUAUGCUGCCGUUCUCAUAAGUAAAAAUAAAAAUGGCGAGUUUGUGUUCACUCAGGAACAUAAAGGUCUAGAUAUCGUGCGACGAGAUUGGUCGCAGCUAGCGGCCGAAGCUGGCAAGUUCAUAUUGAGUCAGAUACUCUCAGAGCAAUCAGCUGACGAGAGAUUAGAAAGUAUACAAACACAUCUCAAUAAACUCAAAGAUGACCUUAUGAGUAACAAAAUUCCUUUAUCUCUGUUAACUAUCACUAAACAACUUACCAAAAACCCUAACGAAUAUGCUGAUAAGAAUUUACAACCCCAUGUUCUGGUGGCUUUACGACUCAAUAACAAAAAUAGUAGAAGAUUUAAAAAGGGAGACAUUGUUCCCUAUAUAAUUUGUGAAGAUGGUACCGACAGGUCGGCGGUACAGCGUGCUUAUCACAUAGAAGAAUUAAAGAACAGUGAAUCUCUUAAAAUUGACAACAGAUACUACUUAGCACACCAGUUACAUCCAGUUAUAUCGAGGAUAUGCGAACCAAUAGAAGGAAUGGACCCCGCUCGAGUUGCAGACUGCCUCGGCUUAGAUCCAUCCGGAUACAAACACAUCAUAAAGAAAGAGAACCAAAACACAGAAACGUAUGAAGUGGAAAACGAGCAGGAAAAAUAUAGAUACUGUAAAGAGUUCACAUUCGUGUGCAUCAACGAGAAAUGUAAAACAGUGAACAGAGUGAAAGAAACAUUUGUAAAAAUCGACAAAGAGAAUGUAUCGUUUUUGGAGAGGUGUCAGAAUGAUAAGUGUUCGAUAAGGCCUAUGGAUUAUUUGGCGUGUAUACAGAAUCAGUUGACCUUGCAGAUUCGUCAAUAUCACGCUCAGUAUUACAGUGGUUGGUUAUCUUGCGAGGACCCCGCGUGUGAUUACCGCACUGCAAGGUUACCUCAAACCUUUGCCGGCGGGUACCCUCUAUGUAGACAAUGCGAAAAGGGUGUAAUGUUCCGAGAGUAUACUGAGAAAGAUCUCUAUCUACAAAUAAACUUCUUCUUUUUCUUAUUCGAUUUGAGUAAACCUAACAACUCGAAACUGAAAGUAUCUUCACAAUUGGCGUUGGCGUUCCAAUCUUUGAAGGAAAUAGUGGAGGACUGGCUCACCCACUCCGCUUACUCUAUAAUAAAUCUCUCCAAAUUGUUCAGAUUCUUCACACUCGAUCCCAAAUCAGGAAACAACGAAACGUCCAAUCCUCAAGUAGAAAUAGAUAUUUUGCCUGAGACUGAACAAAUAGACGCAUUACUGGAAAUGGGUGUUUACUAAAUGUGUAUAUUUUAAUAUUUGACCUUUUUAAGAUAUCAUGUUACAUUGUAUAUUUAUAAAACAAUAUUUUCUAAAUAAAAAUCGCAAACCAAAC